UUUCGGCUCAAGGUGGAGUCCGAGCAGGCAAGUAAGCGCGGCCCCGAGCGGUUAAUCAUGGGACGUACGAGCGGCCAUGAGCGGUUAAUCAUGGGCUACCACUGCAUCCGAUACGCUCUCACAGCCGGCGCCGGGCUCACGGUCGGCUUCUGCCUGGGGGCUGCCGCGGGCCUGGCGAGAUUGUCCGACUUGGCGGGAGCCUCGUACGCAAUCUCCUUCGGUUUCCAAGGGCUGCAGGAAAGCGCAGGGUCGCCGCCCGGGCGGCCAGCCCUGUGCGCGGGCGAGCCCACCACAGGCGUUGGCGUGGCCGUGCCUGUGGCGGCAGCGACCGAGCGGGCCAGACCCCUGGUCCUGGUGGCGGCGAGCGUGGCGCAGGAGUUCGGGAUCGAUGGGCUUUGCAAGCAUUUCGGCUGGACAGCUCGUCCAGAGGGUCAGCGAAGACCGCGUCUAUUUUACUGCACCCUCGUCGGGAACAACGGCCAGCAGGACGUCUAUGACCUGACUUUCGCAGAGAUCUAUCCGCUCGUUGAUCGGAUCGUUGCUUUGGAUCCUUUAGUGACCCUGACAGGAGCUCCAAGGCAGCCGAGCUUGAACAUGUCUGACGCGAGGUGGAAGCGCUAUGGGGACAAGCUGCGGCACGUCGUGUUGGAGAAUCCGAUUCCAGAGUGGAACCCCAAACUAUUUCCGAAAUGGUCUUCAGAGCAGCGGGAUAAGUUGAGCAGGCCAGGGCAUCACCAAAGCACGGAUCCGUUCAUCUUGGAGGAGUGGAUCCGCGCCCAAUUCCAAAGGGGCUUGCAGGACUCCGCGGGCACAUGGGAGUUGCACAAAGAGGACAUCCUCAUCGUCGCGGACUCUGACGAAAUCCCGCUUCGUGAGUCUCUUGUUGCCCUCGCUGAGUGUGAGAGCCCCGUGUUCGCGGAGGUGAAGCGCAAGCUGGCUGGGGGCAGAAAACCACAAGACGCAUGCGUCAAAGACGCGAAGGUAUUGUUGCGUUCCCAAGUGUUUGAGUAUUACAUCGAUUGUCCCACCACCGUUCCUGCGUGGUGGCACCCAGACGCUAUCCUCGCGGUCUGUGUCAUGGAUGGCGGGAUCGACAUGCAGGAGGUCCGCACUGGCAGCUCUGGCAGUAUGACGCCUGUCGUGGCCUCCCGUCACAUCCACAAUUUUGCGAUGUCUAACGAUGAGGUCAUCUUCAAGUACACGCACUACGCGGAGCCUAGGGUGCCAGGUCUAGACGCUGGGCUGUCGGCCCCGACGAUUGACGAGAUGCGCUGGCGAGCCUGCGACCCGAAUGCAUUUGACAUUGGGCCUGGCGGCUGGUACAUGGACGUCAGGCCGUCCAAUGAGCUCGUCAACCCGGCCAAUACGCGUGGGUACCACCUGCCCGCGGAGCAGCGGCGUGGGAUCGACAGGCCUCUCGCGCUGCUCGAGGAGAGGCCAGAGUUGGCCGCGAAGAUCUUCUGGAAGGGGCACGACGAGCACGUGAACCCCUUCGUGGGGAAGCCGGGCGGGCAUCACGACUUCUCGCCAGGCUGGGAGGAGAAGCGUCGGAAGCCAGGGUGGUGAUGCUCUCGGGUCGGAUCGGUCUGGCAUGGCAUUCGGAUGCAGUGCGAAACACCGUUGAGCCCGCGGGCUGAGCUCGGACAUGCCAUGAUGGCGCAUGCGUCCCGCACAUCCAGUACAGCGUUUCGUGGCCCCCUCCUCCCUUCUCCCUGCGUCUCACCCACCCAGCACAGCGCUUCGCCCAAGAGACGAUCAAUAACACCAUGGCUCCCAUCAGCGAGCGGGGACGUAGCAAUUAUGUGGCAAUUGCUGGGCGCAACUUUGUAGCCUAAUGGCUGCUUGUUUGCCGUUUAGUUGUAGUUAGCUGCUGUUAGUUGCCGGUAGGUGCUGGUGCCCGCGCACGUUUGGUUGGCGCCGU